AGCGCGCGUGCGCAGGCAGGUCCCUGCGGCUGCGCCUCCUGGGCCGCCCCGCUGGCCGCCGAUCCCGGCGCUCCCUGCAGAGGGAGCUGUGCGCCGGCCUCCCCUCCCGCUAGGCCCCGCCCGCCUCCUUCUUGCUUUGCCUGGGAGGGGCUCCCGGCUCUGUCCGACAGCUGCUUCCUGCUCCGACAGCCUGCCUGCUCACGGACGCUCGCUCUAGCCCGCUCCCGGUCUUCCCCAACCGACCCGUGCAAGAAAGCCUCCCCGCGCCGUACCGCACCCUCUGCCUCUGCCUCCGCCGCCGCUUCCCCCGCACCCCAGCUUCGCCGGGAGGGCCUUGUCCGCAACCUCUGCCCCUUUCCCGUCUGUCCUCCUACGGCCAUGCUGUCCUUCCAGUACCCCGACGUGUACCGCGACGAGACCGCGGUACAAGAUUACCAUGGGUCUAAGAUCUGUGACCCCUAUGUUUGGCUUGAAGACCCUGAUAGUGAACAAACAAAGGCUUUUGUGGAGGCCCAAAAUAAGAUUACAGUGCCCUUUCUUGAGCAAUGUCCUGUUAGAGGCUUAUACAAAGAAAGAAUGACUGAAUUAUAUGACUAUCCAAAGUAUAGCUGCCACUUCAAAAAAGGAAAAAGGUAUUUUCAUUUUUAUAACACAGGACUGCAGAACCAACGAGUAUUAUAUGUACAAGAUUCCUUAGAUGGAGAAGCCAGGGUAUUCUUGGAUCCAAACAAGCUUUCUGAUGAUGGCACUGUGGCUCUUCGAGGCUAUGCAUUUAGUGAAGAUGGUGAAUAUUUUGCCUAUGGUCUGAGUUCCAGUGGUUCAGACUGGGUAACAAUCAAAUUUAUGAAAGUCGAUGGACCCAAGGACCUUCCAGAUGUUCUAGAGAGAGUCAAAUUCAGUUGCAUGGCUUGGACCCAUGAUGGAAAGGGAAUGUUUUACAACUGCUACCCCAAACAAGAUGGAAAAAGUGAUGGCACUGAGACAUCCACAAAUCUUCACCAGAAGCUAUUCUACCAUGUUUUGGGGACUGAUCAAGCAGAGGAUAUUUUGUGUGCCGAAUUUCCUGAGGAGCCAAAGUGGAUGGGUGGAGCUGAGUUAUCUGAUGAUGGUCGCUAUGUCUUGUUAUCAAUAAGACAAGGAUGUGAUCCAGUGAACAGGUUGUGGUAUUGUGAUAUACAGCAGGAAUCCAAUGGCAUAACAGGAAUUUUGAAUUGGGUGAAAUUGAUAGACAAUUUUGAUGGAGAAUAUGAUUAUGUGACAAAUGAAGGGACAGUUUUCACCUUUAAGACAAAUCUUCAUUCUCCUAACUAUCGGCUAAUCAAUAUUGACUUCAAGGAUCCAGAUGAAUCCAAGUGGAAAGUACUUGUUCCUGAACAUGAAAAGGAUGUUCUUGAAUGGGUAGCUUGUGUUAGGUCUAACUUUUUGGUGUUGUCCUACCUCCAUGAUGUAAAAAACAUCCUUCAGCUGCAUGAUCUUGCCACUGGUUCCCUCCUCAAGACAUUUCCACUAGAGGUCGGCAGCAUUGUCGGAUACAGUGGCCAAAAGAAAGACACUGAAAUCUUCUAUCAGUUUACUUCUUUCUUAUCUCCAGGUAUUAUUUAUCACUGUGAUCUUACCAGAGAGGAGUUAGAGCCCAGAGUUUUCCGAGAGGUGACUGUGAAAGGAAUUGAUGCUGCUGAUUACCAAACCGUUCAGGUGUUCUACCCCAGCAGAGAUGGCACGAAGAUACCAAUGUUCAUUGUCCAUAAGAAGGGAAUUAAAUUAGAUGGUUCUCACCCUGCUUUCUUGUAUGGCUAUGGAGGCUUCAAUAUAUCAAUUACACCAAGCUACAGUGUAUCCAGGCUUAUUUUUGUGAGGCACAUGGGUGGUGUGCUAGCAGUAGCUAACAUUAGAGGAGGGGGUGAAUAUGGAGAGACCUGGCACAAAGGUGGUAUCCUGGGCAAUAAGCAAAACUGUUUUGAUGACUUUCAAUGUGCUGCUGAAUAUCUUAUAAAGGAAGGUUACACUUCGCCAAAGAGAUUGACUAUUAAUGGAGGCUCAAAUGGAGGACUUUUAGUGGCUGCUUGCGCAAAUCAACGCCCAGACCUCUUUGGUUGUGUCAUUGCCCAAGUUGGAGUAAUGGACAUGCUAAAGUUUCAUAAGUAUACCAUUGGCCAUGCCUGGACCACUGACUAUGGUUGCUCUGACAGCAAAGAACACUUUGAAUGGCUUAGCAAGUACUCUCCAUUACAUAACAUCAGGUUACCUGACGGGGAUGGAGUCCAGUAUCCGUCCAUGUUACUUCUCACUGCCGAUCAUGACGACCGCGUGGUGCCCCUUCACUCCCUGAAGUUCAUUGCCACCCUGCAGUACAUUAUAGGCCGAAGCAGAAAGCAAACCAACCCCCUGCUCAUUCACGUUGAUACCAAGGCAGGCCACGGAGCAGGAAAGCCCACGGCUAAGGUUAUCGAAGAAGUCUCCGAUAUGUUUGCGUUCAUAGCCCGGUGCUUAAAUAUCGAUUGGAUUGAGUAAAUGGAAUGCUCGGCUCCUCUUGUGUCCCCCGAAUCCACCUCAAGGGCUUUUAACCACCAUUUACACAGAGAAACCAGUGGGCAUAGUACUUACAUUUGGAGAACACUGUUCUACACUUCAGACCACAGUUCAUGCUUCAGUGACCCAAACGGCUGUGGGGAUUUUACCUUUUUUAGGCUUCUCCUUUUUAUCAUUCCCUGGGAGUGGCUUUUUCUGCCAUAUUCAGACAUACGUUUAAAAAGAAAAAAAAAGCAUGUUUGAACAAAUAGCUAACUUGCAGCAAAUGCUGUUGUGAAUACUUAGAUCUCCAGAGUUUUAAAGUGGUAGUCAAGCUUCCUAUAAACCUCUUAAUGUUAUUUGCUCCCAUAACCGUAUCCAAGUCACAUGUAAGUAAACAAAAGAACUGUGAUAAUACAACAGAAUUUCUUUACGACCGUAAUAAAUGUUAUUUAAUAUUGGGAGACUUUAUUUCUUGUUCUUUACAAAUUAUUAAUGGGAGGGGACACUAAAAUUCUACUCAGUGUGCAUUAGAUUAUUUUUCUCAAAAUAUAAGCCUUGCCCAGUUUUGCAACAAAUUCAUUUUCAGAAUAUCCUAAAUGUUUUCUAGUCUUUGGAUUAACAGCUUAUAUGUGAUUUGAUUUAAGUUAUUUGAAUUUGAGCUGCUUUUUUUUUUUUUUAGUAUUUCACUGUUCCACUGAUCUGUACCUACCUCUCCUAAUAGGCUCUCUCUUACUUAAAUGCCUCCUAUUAAAAUAGAUAGAAACUGGGAAAUGUUGACUGCUUCCUAAAAUCCAAACUUUAAUUACUUUCCUUAAGUUAACAAAAAGAUUUCUGGAAAUACUAAGCCUUUCCCACUCCAAAUGGUUAUGAUCCAUUGAUUCCUAUAUCAUGGGACCCAAAUAGACUAUUCCUUAAACUUUCCAAGCAGGUAACUUCUUUUAAAAACACCUUUUUAGAUCUAACUUAAUUAUCUUACUAUGUUUCCUUUUUCCUUCUCAUUCAAGGUAAAGAAGAUACAGCCUCUGUACAAUUUCCCAUAUAUAAAAUACUGUAAAAGGACAUAAAAUUCUGCUUCUAUAAAAUAAAACUAAUUACUCCAAUUCCUUCCACUUAUCCAGGUAGAACCUAUAUUUUUCUCACAGUCUUGUAGUCCUCUUAUGCACACCUCAAACUGAAUAGGUAUUUUCCACUAAGGAUCAAUGCCACACAUUGUAAAAGGAUAGCAACAUGGUUUGUUUCUGCUCAAUGGACUUGUAGCAUAAUAUUUUUUAAGGCCUGGUGAUGCAGAACAAUUCUGGCAUGUAAUUAAAUUGUGGUUCACUAUUGCCCCCUCUAAAUCCAAGAUGUCUUCACUAUCCUUUCUGAAACUGACAUUGUACCAUAUGGCCAUAGAAAUAGCAAUACUUUCCAACAACCAAUUUGCAUCACUCCUAAACAGCAUGCUAGGAAAAAGCCAAUAAAAUGCAUUUGCACAAUUGAGCCAAAAGGCCUUCUCUUUUUUGACCAACUGAUUUAUUUGACUGUGUACAGACAUCUGAAUUGUACCUGUGUUUCUCCUGAGAGCUUAAAGGCCAGGGGAGAAAUGUGUAAUUACAUUUAAAAUGUCAAUAAAAGCAAAAUUGAUUUCUAAAA